AUUGCAGCUGAUCACCAAUGGCGGACGCAGCACCAGCCGGUGGACGUGGGGGAUUUAGAGGAGGAUUCGGGUCUGGCGAACGUGGGAGGGGCCGCGGUCGUGGACGUGGGCGUGGCAGGGGAAGGGGACGUGGUCGUGGGGCAAAGGAGGAGAAGGAAUGGAUGCCUGUGACUAAACUAGGACGUUUAGUGAAGGAUCUGAAGAUCAAAUCUCUGGAGGAGAUUUAUCUGUUUUCCUUACCAAUCAAGGAGUUCGAAAUCAUUGAUUUCUUCCUUGGGUCUGCACUUAAGGAUGAAGUGCUCAAGAUUAUGCCUGUACAGAAACAGACCAGGGCCGGUCAAAGGACCAGGUUCAAGGCUUUUGUUGCCAUCGGAGACCACAAUGGCCAUGUUGGCCUGGGAGUAAAGUGCUCAAAGGAAGUUGCAACUGCAAUUCGAGGGGCUAUUGUUCUAGCCAAGCUUUCUGUUAUACCAGUGCGCAGAGGUUAUUGGGGUAACAAGAUUGGAAAACCACAUACAGUACCUUGCAAGGUGACUGGGAAGUGUGGAAGUGUCACAGUGCGACUUAUUCCUGCUCCACGUGGUACAGGAAUAGUCAGUGCUCCUGUCCCCAAGAAGCUAUUGAACAUGGCUGGUAUUGAGGAUUGUUACACCAGUGCCAGAGGUUGCACAGCUACACUUGGAAAUUUUGCUAAGGCUACUUAUGCUGCCAUUGCCAAUACCUACGCCUACUUGACCCCAGACCUGUGGAAGGAGACUGUGUUCACAAAGUCUCCCUACCAGGAGUUUACCGAUUAUCUGUCCAAGGUACACACAACUGGCUCCAGUGUCCAGCGUCAGGAACAGAAGAUCUAUUGAUAACGACCAGUGCAGUACUGGACAUGCCACAGUUGCUCAAGAUUCACAUUGUGUAAUGUCUGAAUAAACAAGAGGCUUGGCAUUAAAAAUAAAAGUGUAUGUUGUAUAUCUGUCA